AUGGACACGGGAUUCUCAUCGACCAUCGAUUCAAGUGCACCGUUCCCAGAUAACACCGAGUACCGAAGUCUCAUCGGUGUACUGCUGUAUAUAGCCGUCUGUGCACGACCCGAUGUGGCUGUAAGCGCUUCCAUCCUCGGAAGAAAGGUUUGUGCACCAACCGUUGCGGACUGGACAGCUGCCAAGAGAGUGCUUCGUUUCCUGAAGGCGACCAAACACGUGCGAUUGGAGUUCAACAACAAUACCGAAGGCCUCGUUGGAUAUUCUAAUGCCGACUGGGUCGGCGACAUUAGCACCCGUCGGUCUACUUCGGGAUACGUGUUCUUGUACGCGGGUGGAGCAGUGUCAUGGGCGAUCAGACUGCAGCAUUGUGUGACGCUCUCCUCCAUGGAGUCGGAAUACGUUGCUCUUGGAGAGGCCAGUCAGGAAGCUGUAUGGUUAAGAAAGCUAUUGAAAGAUCUUGGAGAGACUGUGGAUGGCCCAACCAUCAUCAUGGAGGACAACCAGUGUCCGCAGCAGCAGCAUCAGCAGCAUCAGCAGCAUCAGCAGCAGCAGUAG